CCUCAAUAAAAUCCUGGGUAAGAGCUAUAAAAUGCUUUAAAUUUGUAACAUAUCUCAAACUCUCUUUGGUUUAAAAGGAAAAAACAAAAGGUUGAGGGGUUGAAAAAAAAUGGCCAUGACAAUUAUUAAUGGAUCAUCUUUAGCCCUCAUUCUUGUGUUAUCAACGUUGGUUACCUGCAAAUGCAAUGCAGCUGCUGCUGUUCCUUUAGCUGAUCAAACCAUUUUUAAUGUCAUGGAUUUUGAUGCCAAACCUAACUCAGAACUUAUAAGCACACAGGCAUUUAUGAAGGCGUGGCGAGCUGCUUGUGAUUUCACUGGACACGCAAGAGUUUUUGUCCCUCCGGGAGUAUAUACACUAGGAGAGAUCAUAUUUGCAGGACCAUGCAAAGGGACACAUUCUAUAAUACUUGAAAUUGCAGGAACCUUAAAGGCAGUGCCUGAUGUUUCUGAAUAUUCAAACUUUGCUUGGAUCUCAUUCGAGUCUAUUAAUGGCGUUAUCAUUACUGGUGGAGGCACUCUAGAUGCUCAAGGACAAUCUGUUUGGCAGUUUAAUGACUGUAAAACUAAUCCUAAUUGUGUCCACCUCCCUGCUACCUUGCAUUUCAAUGAUAUACGGAAUGGAAAAGUAAUGAGGUUGAAGUUGAUAAAUAGCAUGGGAUUUCAUUUACAUAUUACAAAUAGCUAUUUGGUAAGGUUCCAUGGACUUACAAUCGAUGCCCCUGAAGAUAGCCCGAACACUGAUGGAAUACAUAUAAGCAAGUCGAAUACCAUAAAACUUUCCAGGAGUGUCAUUAGGACUGGCGAUGAUUGUGUUUCAUUCGGACAAGGAACAAACAAUGUCACUGUUAACAAAGUCACCUGUGGCCCUGGCCAUGGCAUUAGUGUAGGUAGUCUUGGUAAGUUGGCUGGCGAAUUGGAAGUUAGAGGACUUAUUGUGAAGAAUUGUACGUUGAGAGGCACGACAAAUGGUAUCCGAAUCAAAACUUAUGCAGGAGAAAAUGCAAACAGAGCAUUAGGGAUGAUGUUCAGCGACAUUGUUAUGGAAAAUGUUAAAAAUCCAAUCAUCAUAGACCAGAGCUAUGGUGACAAAUCAACCGAUUCGUUGUCACAAGUGAAAAUAAGCGAUGUGGUUUACCAGAACAUAAGGGGAACAACAAGCAGUGAGAUACCGGUUCAACUGUUGUGCAGUUCAAAACUCCCUUGUCAAAAUGUUCGACUCACCAACAUAAAUUUGAAGCAUAUAGCGAAUACGCCAAUUACUUCUCAAUGUCAAAAUGUAAAUGUUGGCUAUACUGGCAUUCAAAUUCCAUCACCUUGCCAUGGACCCUCUUCAUAGUACUCUAUGAUCAAUUUGGAGUGAAAAUACAAA